AUGGCUACCACUGCCACCAUGGAAGUGGCAGAUAUCAUCGUAGUAGGAGUCUACUUCAUCCUGGUGCUAGCAAUCGGCUUCCUCGCCAUGAGGAAAGCCAAUCGGAACACAGUGAGUGGCUACUUCCUCGCUGGUCGCUCCAUGAACUGGGCAGCUGUAGGAGCUUCUCUAUUUGUCAGCAACAUAGGAAGUGAGCAUUUCAUUGGACUAGCUGGAUCAGGUGCUGCUAGCGGUUUCAGCGUGGCAGCUUGGGAAUUCAAUGCACUAUUAUUGCUCCAGUUGUUAGGCUGGGUGUUUAUCCCUGUGUAUAUUCACUCUGGAGUCUUCACUAUGCCAGAAUACCUGUCCAAACGUUACGGCGGGAGGCGACUUAAGGUAUAUUUUGCUGCGUUAUCUCUCGUCCUCUACAUCUUCACCAAGUUGUCCGUAGACCUCUAUUCUGGAGCCUUGUUCAUCCAGGAAUCUUUAGGGUGGAACCUCUAUCUGUCAAUUAUCCUGCUCAUCUCCAUGACGGCUUUGCUGACCGUUACUGGGGGUCUGGUCGCUGUCAUCUAUACAGACACAGUCCAGGCGUUCCUCAUGAUUGCUGGAGCACUCUGCCUCACAGGCAUCAGCCUUUUCAAAGUGGGAGGACUUGAAGGGGUGCGGACCAAGUACAUGCAGGCUUCUCCAAACAUCACUGCCAUCUUGCUGUCUUCACCCAACCUGACAUAUUCUGAAUCUUGCUACAAACACCUCAGCCCAAAGCCAGAUUCUCUGAAGAUCCUUCGAGGUCCGACGGAUGGAGACCUGCCUUGGCCCGGUUUUUUACUAGGCCAGACUCCUGCCUCUAUUUGGUACUGGUGUGCAGAUCAAGUGAUUGUACAGCGGGUUCUGGCAGCAAAGAAUAUCGCCCAUGCCAAAGGAUCUACCAUCAUGGCAGGCUUCCUGAAAAUCCUGCCCAUGUUCAUCAUUGUCAUCCCAGGGAUGAUUUCCAGGAUCAUCUUUGCUGAUGAGUUGGCGUGUAUCAGUCCAGAGCACUGCAUGGAAGUGUGUGGUUCUGCGGCUGGCUGCAGCAACGUGGCGUACCCCCGACUCGUCAUGUCUGUGAUGCCUGUCGGUCUCCGUGGCCUGAUGAUGGCUGUCAUGAUCGCAGCUCUAAUGAGCGACUUGGAUUCCAUUUUCAACUCAGCAAGCACCAUUUUCACACUGGAUAUUUACAAGAUGCUACGAAAGCAGGUGUCAUCCAGGGAGCUGGUGAUUGUUGGCAGACUGUUUGUGGUUUUCAUGGUGCUCAUCAGCAUUGCCUGGGUGCCAGUCAUAAUCGAAAUGCAGGGAGGCCAGAUGUUCUAUUAUAUCCAAGAAGUUUCAGAUUACCUGACUCCACCCAUAGCUGCUCUCUUCUUGCUUGGCAUCUUGUGGCAUCGCUGCAAUGAGACAGGUGCCUUUUGGGGUGGGAUGGUAGGGUUUACCCUUGGAGCACUCCGUCUGGUGUUGGCGUUGGUUUACCGAGAGCCACGCUGUGACCAGCCUGAUGAGCGACCAGCUUUCAUCAAAGAUGUCCACUUCAUGUAUGUGGCAGGCAUCUUGUUUUGGGUGUCAGCUGUGGUGGCUGUUGCUGUGAGUCUCUGCACUCCUCCACCCACAAAAGAACAAAUCAGUACCACUACUCUAUGGGGGUUAAACAAAAGAAAGAAACUAAAACAACAAGAAAAGGAGAAAGCUGGAAAAGAGAUGACUCUUUUGAAGCCUCUAAACCACGCAGUCCUAAAUGGAAACAAUUUGCCUGGUAAAGAAAAGUGUAAAGACCACCUGAACGAACUCAAUGGCAUUGAGGCCAGUCAUGAAAAUGCUCAACAAAGCAAUGGUCAUGCUAUUGCAGUCAAUGACAUAGAAAUCAGUCCAAACCAGAAUGGCCACGUACUGAUUUCUGACCCUAAAAUGGUUGAAGAGGCAGAAGGGAGAGGAGUGAGGAAUGAGGAGGAAGAAGAGGAGGGCUGUCUUGGAGGAGGAAGAGUGGAGAGUGGGAGGUGUAUAAAAGUUUUGGAGUGGUUCUGUGGCUUCCAGGACAAACCAUCUAAAUGUCAGGUCAUUACAGUCCAAGAGCAGGAGAAGAUCUUGGAUGAGCUUCUCCAUGAACCUCCGAAAAUCAAAAUCAUCCUGAACAUAGGACUGGUGGUGAUUUGCUCUAUCGGGAUCUUUUUCUUUGUCUAUUUUUCCUUAUGA